UUGUUGCGCGGCGCGGUGAUGAACACGAGCUAGCCGACGGUCAUUUGGACCUGACAACAUCAAACAUCCGCCACCAAUCGGGCUAACUCACUUUCAGCUUGACUUUCUGUUGGUUCCCUUCUUACCGAAGUGCUCAGCGCUUCAUAGUCAACGGAAUCUCCUACCUUCACAGUUAGCGAUUUAAAGAACCAGGCUCGGUCAUCGUCGUUAUCGUAACAUUACAUUGGAGACACUGACAGUCGACGCUGGUUCUUUAUUUACACCUUCAAGCUAGCUAACGUUAACGGUUGCGUUAGCAAAGCGGCCCCAGGUAUGGCGGAGGUUCCCGGGACAUCGAGUGAGACGAUAACGGAGACUGUGGAGACGAGCACACCGCCGCCGCCCCAGCAGGAGGGACGAAGCCUGACAAUCAAGCUGAGGAAGAGGAAGACUGAGAAGAAGGUGGAGUGGUCCAGUGACACUGUCGACAACGAGCACCUGGGAAGAAGGUCUUCGAAGUGCUGCUGUAUUUAUGAGAAGCCCCGACAGUUCGGAGAGUCCUCCUCUGAAAGCGAGGGAGACGAUGACGAUGAAGGGUGUGGCAGCGCUCACUGCAUCCUGGGCCACGGCAGGAGAGGCAAUGGACAGAGAGGGGGCGGGGGUACCACGGUGCCCCCGAACGCCGGAGGGUCACAUACCCACUAAUGGGAGCUGCAGGCUGAUUCGUGGGGUCCGAGCGGUUUCUCACCACAACAAAACUUUUUUUUUUUUUUUCUUUUAGUUUAGUUCCAUCACUGAAGUACGAGCAGGCCUGAUGUUGCGUUCCUGUCGUGAGUCAGAAAAAGUACCAGCUGCCGGAUCGCGGAGCAGCGUUUGCACUGCAGCUCUGCAAAACUCAGAGUAACGUGGGUGGUCAAAUUGGCCAAAUUUCAUUCGUUUCAUCACUUUAAAGCAGGAUCAGUGUUGUGCCAAGUGACGUAUGUAAUGUGGAACGAUAACUCCCAAGUUCGCAUUUUAGAUUCCUUUUUAACAUCUCAAUCAAUAAGGAGACGUGCUGCAGUAUUAAUGGAGUUUAAAGGGCAUUACCAGUCUUUCUGCACGUUUUAGCCUUUUACUACAAAUCAGACGCAGUAUGCAUUACUUCACUGCUGAGCAUUUUUCAAAGCAUGUUUUAAAGAUGGUAGAAUUUCCUAUUUCCCUACUUUCCUAUUUUUUAGGCACCCAUUGGUUUCUAUUGAUUUCAUUCUUAACUAAAAUAAACUUUGAGGUCUGUGAUCCAUCACCGUGAACAACAAGUUUUGCUUUAAUUUUUGGCAGAUUUGUUUUGCAGACAUGCGAGUAGGGUCACAGUUGCAAAAAGCUCAAAGGUACUGGCUUUACAUAAACAUAUACUGUAAAUGUGUAAAUAUAUAUUUGCAAAUGUUGCUGAUUAAGGGACUCAAAUAAUUAGCUCUGUUUUCUUUUUUCUCUAUCUCUGGUUUUUGCAAAAAAUGUCUCCUAUACCUGAAUCAAAAUGUGUUACUCAAGUUUCAAGCCUCUACAAUCAGGAUUUUUUUCUUUUUACCACCUGGAAAUCAUUCAAAAGCGAAAAAAGAUGCUCAGGAAAAAAAGUCAGCAGCGGUAAUGUAAACUGUAUAAUUUGUCAAAUGAACAAAACAUAUGCAAAAACACUGGUAACAUACCGAAAAUGGUCCGUGUUGUGUAGUGAUGACACCUCACCAAGCCGGGUUAAGGAACCACAGCUUGCAUCAUUGAAUCAGCCUAGUUAAAGCUUCUGUGCUUUGUCUUAAAAGCAAAAACACAUUUUAUCAUCUGCCAAGCGACCUCAUUAGCAAUCGACUGGGAGGAACUGUCUGUAACCCCUCUGAAUACAUAUUUAAAGAGUUGCAGUGCUGAUAACGGAAUUCUCAAAGCCCAUGUAUUUGCCUGGUUUUAUCCCUUUUCACUGCAAAUGUACAUUACAUAACUGCGACUUCAGAAAGUGGAAAUACUCAAGUAAAUCAUCUUAGAAUGGUACUUAAUCACAGCACUUGAGUAAGUGUGCUUUGUUGCAUUUCGUCACUGGUGAUUCUUAAUUUUAACUUUAAUGUUUGAAUAUUUAAUAUUUAAUUUGUAACAUUUACUGCAAAUGUAUUUGUUCCUAUUGGUCUAUUAAUUGGUGUCGGUAUCGUCCCAGUAAAAAAAACACAUAUCGCUUGACCUCUAUUGAAUCGCUUCAGGUCUUAGAGACGUCGUAUAAAGAUACACUGAGAACCUUCAUCAGACUUUAAGGAGAUGUUUUUCAUCCUGUUGUAGGCGGUUUGGAGUGCUGUGGAAAACAAUGACCUUUGAUUUCUUUAUGAAUUGGCUUGAAACAUAUAAAGACACCAGUUAUAAUGUCACGAUCAGAUCACAGCAGAGUUGACUCCACGCUUGUCGUUCUGACAGGAAGUGCGGUCACGUUUCACUUUUCCCCCGGCAGCGUAGACUUUCUGACUCCGAGGCAUCUCAGGAACGCAGCAUCCAGUACAUUAGGAGCUUUGAAGAGAUGGUCUUAGAGAGGCCAUGAAAUGUUGUCCGGCCGUUUAUUUUCCCCCCUUUGACAAAGUGGCAGAGUUAUUUUGCUGGUGUUAUUUUCUAAAUUAUACUUGACAUGCAGUUGACCACAGUCUGUAUAGUAACAUUGCACUUACAAACCGGUCAGUGAGAAGUUGGAAAUAGAAAAGAUUGAAGACUUGACACCACCACAGAUCUCACUUGUUUAGGAAUGAGUAUUUGGUGAUUCUGAGACCAGUGCUGGUUAUUGCCAACCUGUGUGACAAUUUCUGAUCCGUCUCGUGCUGCAUGAGACUGGAAUAUACAUAAAAGGUCUGUAUCACUGCACAGAAAGGCAUAAAAGGCUUGUGCUGCUUUUUGUGUGGCGAUACGGCUGGCGGGUGUCGUUGAAAGCCGAAAGAAAACAGUUCUCACGUGAUAGUACUCACAGCAAAGUCUGUGGAUUACUUUUCGCAAACGGGUCAUGACUUCUGGAAAGACUCAUUGCUGUUGAGAUUUUGAAAUAUGUAAUGUCCUUGCCAAGUGCCAUCUAAUUCACUAUAUUAAAAAAAAAGGCAGACAACUCUGCGGCCGACAUUUCCAAAAGUUGGCGACUCACACCGAACAAUCUAGAUGGAUGAACAGCACUGCAGGUCAGAGGAUAAAUAGUAUUUUUUUUUGGGAUUUAGGGCCGUCUAACCCUAUUAACUCCUCGGGACAAAGCGCCACAGGUUCUCAGUAUAUUCAGCUGCAUGUCAUCGGUUCAAGAAAAAAAAAAUCUUCAGUUUCACUUGAGAAUUCUACUAAAGGAUAAAAGAUGGGUAUUUAUGCUUUUUCCUGCCGUGCUCUGCAGAGUGACAGACGUGUUGACUGAUGACGUAAAAUUGAUUAAAAGCAAAAAUGCAGCUCUCUGUGAACGGAGGUCCACUCCCGACCAGGCUGUACAUAAGUAACUGGGUCGCAGCUGAUGUGGCAUACGGGAAAAAGCAUGUCUCAGCUAUGACCAAAACCUCAACUGAUGCAGGCUCCAUCAUCCAGUUUUCAGACCAUGUUUGAUAUGUGACAGUAGUGUGGAUUACACUUAUUUAUGCUACCACUUUAUGUACUAUCUUACACAUUGACAUUGUUGCAUACUGUAUGUACACUGUCCUUGUACUGGUGAUGCACCUUUCUGUAUAUACUAUUAAGCAUCAUGAGAGCAGAUUUAAUGUGAAUUAAAGUUUUGAACAGUGAUUCAACUUA